AUGGUUCGAUUCGUCACAGGCGACGAACAGAGCCACUCCAAGUUCUUCACCAAACUUCACCCCGACGUCCGGCGCGAGAUCUUUCUCCAUCUCUUUGGAUCCCGCCAUGUGCACAUCAUGUUCGCCAAUAGCAGCAUCUUUAACCAUGGUGAAGAGUUUUGGAGGCACGGCCACCCGCCUCACACACAUGUGGGCUGGCUUCACUGCGUGUGCAGGUCUGGGGCCAAGCUUCUUCCUCAUGGGCAUGAUGAGUACACCCACAAAUGGAGAUAUUUGUCUACUAAUGUUCUGUGGACUUGCAAGAGGGGCUACGAGGAGGGCAUCCCCUUUCUCUACAGCACAAACACCUUUCUCUUUGAGAAGUCGCUCGACGUGGUCAACUUUAACACCAUAGCUAUCGACUACAUGCACCACGUCCGCUCACUGGAACUACACAUCGACCUCCGUGAAGCAGAGACUUGGCGAAAGGAGACUGACGCCUUCAGACUCAUGGUCUCGACGCUCAGUGACUGGUACAACUGGUGCACCCACAAGCCGAUAAAGAUCCGCGUGGUCGAUGAGCUAGAAGAUACUCCUCCCAAGAGGCAGAAGCAAAAGGUGCGAAGGGAAACCCAGAGGGAGUUUGGCCGUGCUGUAAGGGCGCUUGCGGAGAGGGUUAGCGUUGAGGUAAUCUUGGGUGACAAGGGUGACAAGGAGAUUAUCCAGCCGCGCUCGCCUCUGAAUCAACUCGGGAUCUCAUUUGUCAGUGCGAGCGAGCAUUUUCCGGAUCGGCAGGGAGACGAGGACCAAGGGAUUGACUCAGAUGAUGACGACGCUUUUCACCGCGUCAUUCGUCGCGUCUACAGGGCCGGUAUAUAA